CGCGAAUGACACACACAAGUACAGCACAUGCAUGUCGUACGAUCUGUCAAUGGAAGCUUGAAAUAACAAAACAAGGAAACUGACCUCCCGUUUUUCUGGCAUUUCUCUAUUGAGUAAAUAUGAGAUUUAGAUGACAUCGGGAUCUAGUGGAUAAUAACAGAGAUUAAUUUCAUGGCUAGAACUGCUAUCCAACAGGAAGAAGGCGAAAAAUGCGUUUCAAAAUGCAGAUAUUCACGUCUCUCCUCUUUAGACGCGACGAAAAAUCCAGGCAACGCGAAUUCCAACAACAUGGUCCAAUCAGAACAGGUUGGGUCACGUGACUCGCUCACCAACAACGAGCAGGACGUCCCAGCCGACGUGCAGACGAUCGGCGAUAUCGAUAUCGGAUUAUCGAACGUCUCGGCUGUUGAACUGAACAAGCGCGCGCCCGCCAGCAAAGGAACCGCGGUGCGCAUCGAGUUCGACGAUGGUGUUACCUUGCAGAAGAAAGGUGUUCACAAUGGGACCCACAAGCUCAACGGCGAAAUGAUAACAGAGGCGGAUGAUGCUGAGGAGGAAGAGGAGGAGGAAGAUGACAACCCCCAGUGCGGUUGGCACAAGUGGAGACCAAAAUGUAUUCAGAUCUGCAACAACCCCAUCGGCUACCUCGUGUUUCUGUCGACCUUCGUCGUCGCGCAAGGCAUGACCGUCAACGGCCUCGUCUACGUGGUCGUCACGUCGCUCGAACGGCGCUACAACUUUCCCAGCGUCCGCAGCGGCUUCAUCUCCAGCAGUUUCGACUUCACGGUCAUGAUCAUCAUCGUCUUCGUGACGUAUGUCGGAGAGAGGGGUCACAAGCCCAUGUGGCUGGGGAUAGGAGCUCUUCUGUUCGCCUGCGGGUCGUUCAUGUUCGCCGUGCCGCAGUUUACCACCGGGCCCUACAGGGUGAAUGAUGGGCAAGUUCAUUCGGAAGAAUGCAACGCUUUCAACCGAACUGAAGACAACCCGGACUCUACCGAUACCAUGGGUCUGAGCAACUACUACUGGGUCUUUAUCGGGGCUCAGGUCCUGCAUGGUCUGGGGGCGUCACCCAUCUACACCCUGGGAAUAACGUACAUCGAUGAAAAUGUAGCUCCUGCAUCUGCAGGCAUUUAUUUAGGUGUGUUUAAAGCGUUUGCUAUAUUAGGUCCAGCCUUGGGAUAUCUUUUAGGAGGCGUGUUUCUAGGAAUGUACAUAGACCCUCUUAUCAGCAAGGAUGAACUUGACAUCACACCACGGAGUCCAGUAUGGGUGGGUGCGUGGUGGAUGGGAUUCCUUGUCACAGGUACACUGGCUCUUAUAGUAGCAUUUCCAUUGUGUGGAUUCACGCGGUCAUUACCAGGAGCAAAGAAGGUCCGUGAGCAGCGUCGAAACGAGGCGCACAACGGCCACCAGUUCGAGGUCCGGGCAGGCUUCAGCGAGAGCCUGAUGGACUUCCCUCGGGCGACCUGGAUGCUUAUACGAAACCCCGCCUUCAUGUGCGUCAGUAUGAUCACCGUGACGGAGACCUUCAGCCUCGCCUCCAUCGCCGUGUUCGGACCCAAGUACCUCGAGUCGCAGUUCAACAUGACGUCGGGCUCUGCCGCUAUAACAGCAGGUUUGCUGGUCACGCCGUCCAGUGUGUUAGGUGCUUUGGUCGGAGGCUACAUGGUCAAACGUUUCGAUCUCAAGUUUCGUGGGAUGAUGAAGUUCGUACUGGUCAGUCUCUGUGCGUCUUUCCUUCUAACAUUCACGUUCAUGAUCAGCUGCCCAAACGCAUCCUUCGCCGGAGUUACGGUCGACUACGGGAAUGGGACGAUGGCAUACAGUGGCGAUGAAGCGAAUCUUACAGCAGGCUGUAACGCUGACUGCCACUGUGCUAAUGAAUUCCAACCCGUGUGCGGAGAGGAUAACGUCAUGUACUAUUCUGCCUGCCAUGCUGGCUGUAUGAAUACACAGGAAGAUGCAGAGGAUAGUAUAGAGAGGUACAACGAAUGCCAUUGUGUAAAGAGUAAUAAUAUUACAAGUACUCCCGCAGCGUCGCAAGGUGGCGCUUUGUCAGGGAGGUGUGUGACAGACUGCCCUCUACGGGCACCGUUCUUUGCUCUUCUCUUCCUGAUGAUCACGUUCACAUUCUUGGCCACCGUUCCUAUGAUAACAGGAACUCUGAGAGUUGUUUCAAGAUCCCAGCGGACUUAUGCACUUGGUCUGCAGUCAUUGAUGUUCAGGUUACUUGGCAGUGUACCAGGUCCAGUUGUGUUUGGCGCCCUCAUCGACCGAUCGUGCCUGCUAUGGGAGUACCAGGCAGACAAAAGCCGCAAGUGCUGGACCUACAACAACACUCUCUUCAGUCGGUACACCCUGACGUUGCUUGUCGUCCUCAAGCUCCUCUCCAUCCUCUUCUGCGUAUUGGCCGUGGUGCUCUACAAGCCGAGCAAGCCGUUGGUGGAGAAGGUGGAAUCGCCGGAGCAGAGCGAGGCAAAGGUGGACAACUCGAGGACAGACCUCUCGAUAACGUCCUACGAUGAUGGGACCCGGGUAUGAUGAGCGCUUCAAAGGCAUGUAUUCUGAAUGAUGUGGUAAAUACCGCAUCGCCUGCCUACAACUGAGACGAUUGAUCGAUCGCAGCAACGUCGCACUCCGUGGCAAGCGAACAGCACCUCAUCGUCAACUUAGUAAGGUGACUUUGCCGAUCAGAAUGAAAGCCACUCAAAGCACAUCGUGGUUUUCUCAGUGUGCCGAUUAGUCCAUGAAAUGUUGCACAUUAGGUAGCACGUUGUUGCACGAUAUCAGAAAUACUAGUGGCCGGCUGUUUCAAAAUCUCCACUCACUAGCCGCUCUUCGGCACAACUGGGUAGGUUCAGGAGUUCACUAAUCUACGUAGCAUGGGAAUGCGUGCCUUCACAUCAGCACAGAAUAGUUUUAUGCACUUUCAAAUAUACAGUGCUGCUCAUUUUCUAAUCUUUGUAUAUUGUUCGACACUUGGUCACACCCUACAUAGACAUGAUAAUGUUAGAUUUGUAAUCUCUUCUUGACAAUCACUAAAUGUUGUAUUUGAAAAGAAAUGUUUAUCUAGUUUUGUAUGAAUGGGAAGAAAAUUCAAAGAUUGAAUUGAUACCUGUAUGAGAGAGGGAGACAGACUUCCUACAUUACUUCAGCUCACUUGGCUCUUCGCAUGAGUAACACUUCCAAUCACCCCAUAGAAUGGCACUCGAAUAUGCAUUCAUUGGAAAGUGAAGAGCGCCAGCUACUGUUAUGUUCAGAAUCACCGGUUUGGGACAGAUAAGACAUUAUAAUCUUAUGUCUGUGUGUGUGUGUGUCUCUCUCUCUCUCUCUGACCUCUAUGCCCCCCCCCCCUCUCUCUCUCUCUCUCUCUCUCUCUCUCUCUCUCUCGUGCUUCUCUGUGUUUUAGAGUCGUUCAUAUUAUGCUUGCCAAAUUCUGGAUCAAAUCUUGCAAUAUUUGAUUAUAUUCUUGGUGUAUUAAAUCAAAUUUGCUUAUCUAGCAUGAAAGAAUGUUUGAGAUGUGGUGUGAUUCCUUUGUGUACAUGUUCACAAGCAUACAGCUGUCGAAUGGGAUUCUGUUCGAUCUUCAAUCCCCCCCCCCCCCCUAAUGUGUAAGCUGGCAACGGUAUAUGUAUCUUGCCUGUUCCUAGCUUGAACUGCAAUGACAUGCAACUUGUUUUUGUCCGAGUCAGUUUGAUCAGGAUAACUCAAGAGUUCUGUGAGAGGUCAAAGGUCAAGGAAAUUCCCUCUUUUGAGUUAGAAAGGACCAACUAUUUGAGAGAAGAAGAAAAAAUGUCUGUGGUCCUGUCUGUGCGAGUAUGACAUAGCCUGUAUUGAUGUGCACGGCCAAAUUUGAUGAAAUGAUACAUUCUGUUGAUAGAACUUUUCACAACCUGCACGUACACUGUUGGCGAUUUCAGUUGCCCCCUUUUCUUGAGAGUAGAAAUAUGUUUGUACAUGUGUGUAUGUAGGAUGAGAUUACGAAAGGACCAUUCUAAAUGUUUUAUGACAUAUUCAUUCCUCAUAUAACGAUAGUGCACAAGUUUAGCCACCAAGAAUAUUUAUAUUUAUCUGUAUAUGAUCGGUUGUGUAAAUUUGAAUUAUGGUUGUGAUAAUGGAUAUUUGUACAAAUUGGAAAGAUUUUGUAAGACAAUGGUGAUAAAGUUUCUGACUCUGCCGUGUUGGUUAAAGUGACUUGGUAACAUUGUUGAAGGUUGAU